AGAUGCCUUCUGCUACUGCAAACAAAAAGGUUGAGAGCCUUGUGCUUCUCUCUUUCUGGGUUUUGGCUUAGGUGAACAUGGAUCAAUUGGGAUCCUGUGGUCCUGUUAACGAAUUCAGUUUACAACCAGCUCCAUUUCCUAAUGAUUUAGCUCCUUCUUCUAUUGUGAACCAAGAUGGAGAUUCACAAGACGACUAUGAUUUUAGUGAUGUGGUUCUCAAGUAUAUUAGCCAGAUGCUUAUGGAAGAAGAUAUGGAAGAAAAGACCUGCAUGUUGCAAGAGUCCUCAGCAGCUCUUCAGGCUGCGGAAAAAUCAUUGUAUGAGCUUCUUGGGGAGAAGUAUCCUCCACCAAAAUAUGACCUGAAUCCUUGUGUUGAUCUGAAGCAAGAGAGAUUAGAUGAAAAUCAUGAUCAAAGUUAUUGGAGGUGUAACGGUGACACUAUGAAUACUAGAAGCUUUAACUUGAUGGAUCCUGGAUGUAAUUGUUAUCUGGGUGAGCACAACCCCUUUAAUUCUCAGUCUCUUUCUCAGUCAUCUCAUAGCUCAGGCGCCAAUGCAGGUAGUGUGGUAGAUGGUUUUGUAGAUUCUCCGGUAAGCACUCUUAGGCUUCCUGAAAUUGAAAUAUUUAGGGAAGGCAAGCUGCAAUUCAGAAAAGGGUUUGAGGAAGCAAGCAAGUUCAUGCCAAAUGCCAGCAGUCAGUUUGUUGAUGUGGAGAGAUAUGGAUUAUUUCUUGAAGAGCCAAAAGAAGAGGCUAAGGACACCUCAGAUACUGUUGCUAAGAAUGACCGUCCAGCAGAUAGCUCAAGGGGAAAAAAGCAUCGGUAUCCUGAGGUUGUCUAUGAAGAAAAUGGGAGGAGUAACAAGCAACCUGCAGUUUUUACUGAAUCCACUGUGAGCCCGGAAAUGUAUCAUAGGGUAUUGGACAAUCAAAGUCAAAAUGAGUAUCGUCAAGCUUUGCAGAAUGGCACAAGCAAGAAUGUGCAGCAAAAUGGAUCAUUGAAAAGGUCAAGUGGUGGAAAGGCCCGUGGGAAGAAGCAGGGAAGAAAAAGGGAUAUGGUUGAUUUGAGAGCACUCCUCACCCUUUGUGCACAAGCUGUUGCAGCCGCUGACAGUAGAAGCGCGAAUGAUUUCCUGAAGCAAAUCAGACAGCACUCAUCACCUAUAGGGGAUGGGAUGCAAAGGAUGGCUCACUACUUUGCUGAUGGACUGGAGGCACGCCUAGCUGGCUCUGGGACUGAGACGUACACUGCCCUUCUCACCAGGCCCACAUCAGCUGCUGAUGUUUUGAAAGCUUACCAUCUGUUAGUUGCUGCUUGUCCAUUUAGGAAGGUCUCUAAUUUUUUCUGCAAUAGCACAAUUAUGAAUCUAGUUCAAGCUAAAAAUGUUGCACGGCUCCACGUUGUUGAUUUUGGUAUUCUUUAUGGUUUUCAAUGGCCUUGUCUCAUACGGCGUCUCUCGUCUCUUCCUCAUGGAACCCCUAAGCUUCGGAUUACUGGUAUUGAUUUACCACAACCAGGUUUCCGUCCAGCACAGAGGGUUGAGGAGACAGGGUCUCGUCUAGCAAACUAUGCAGAGAAUUUUAAAGUUCCUUUUGAGUUCAAUGCAAUAGCACAGAAGUGGGACACCAUUCGAAUUGAGGACUUAAAGAUUGAAAGUGAUGAGAUGCUUGUUGUGAACUGCAUGUUUAGACUAAGAAACUUACUAGAUGAGACUGUAGUGGUCGAUUGUCCAAGGAAUAAAGUUCUCAACCUUAUCAGGAAGAUUAAUCCAGAAGUUUUCAUACAUGGGAUUGUGAAUGGGGCCUGUAAUUCUCCUUUUUUCAUCACAAGAUUCAGAGAGGCUCUCUUCCACUAUUCUACUUUAUUUGAUAUGCUUGAAACUAAUGUUCCCCGUGAAACUCAGGAGCGUAUGCUCAUUGAAAGAGAGUUUUAUGGACGGCAGGCAAUAAAUGUCAUUGCAAGUGAGGGCUUAGAAAGAAUUGAGAGGCCAGAGACAUACAAACAGUGGCAGGUUCGGAACUUGAGAGCUGGGUUUAGGCAGCUGCCAUUGAAUGACGAGAUCAUGAAGACAUCUAAAGAGAGGGUUUCAAGCUACCACAAGGACUAUGUAGUUGUUAAAGAUGGCCAGUGGUUGCUUCAAGGUUGGAAAGGCCGAAUUGUUUAUGCACUCUCUUCUUGGGCCCCUGCUUAAUAAGUGCACACUUGAUACUGCUCAUGAAAAGCAGGAUUUUGCAAAUCCCUGGUGUAGGCUCACCGCCCUUUUGCUAUGAUCUUUUGAUGGAUUUCUGAUAUAUGAACCUAUGGACAGGGAUUAAAAAAUGUUUGCUGCUGGUUGUCAUCUUGUGGAAGUAAAAUACUUAGAUCAACUGCAGGUUGCUUAGUAGUUAUCAAUUUGUUAGAAAGAGCUGAAGGCUUCAAGUGCAAUAUUGCUUCAACAGUUUUCAAUUCUCUUUGCAAUAGGUAAUUGUAAUACCAAACUCUCUUAGGCAUGACUGCAAAAGUAAUAGCUUUUACAACUUCAUACCUAUAUAAGUGAGACAGUAUGUUAUAGGUUAAUGCUAGAACUGUUAGAUGAAUGAGUGAUUUUAGGGAAUCCCUAAAACAUGUGUUAGUGUUUGCUAAUUCUAAGAGGCGCUAAUGGGCGCUCCUGCCAUGCAUUUCUUGUAAUUAUCAGUGUUCUAUGAAGGGAUUGAGAUAAAAUCUUUGGAUUAGGAAGGAUGUAUUGCAAUAAUGAAAUGAUCUUCUGUUAUUCUUUAUUGUAUUUAUUAUGGUCGUUUCUUGUAACGUUAUGUCAAAAUUGAGCCUGAAUCUGAUAUGAUUAUGGUGAUGUAAUUGGCUCAUUCUUGUUGCAAGUGAUGUGAGAUUAAUUUGAUGUCAUGGAUUACGCAAAAUGAAGCCCUGAAAUUAGA